UUUCUUGGUAAUAUCGAUCUACCCGGCCGGUACAACGCUAACAACCAAGUGACUGUGUGUGAGACAUGGAGGAGGAGGCGACACCAGGAAGUUCUGGAACAAACCAGGUGCAAAGAGAUAGCACGCAAAAGGCACCAGAUAAAGACACACAAAAGACGCAGGAUGACAGCGAAGAAAAGCCGAAGAAAACAAAAGGUAUCGACCCGACAAUUCUUAAAACACUUCUCUCUGAGACAGAUAGUCUUUACAGAGGAGGAUUCAAAAGACCCAAGGAUCGACUGGAAUACGUCUGUCAAGACUUUGGACUGCAGUUUAGGAAAUCAGACCCCGGUGGAACCGGUUGUUUUUUUACAGCUGUGUGUGAUCAGCUCAAUCGACUUAACAAAUCUCCAAACUCUGCCCCUCGGGAGCAAUAUUCACCACACUUUCUUCGCAAGGAGCUUGUUAAUUUCCUCGUCAGACCUAAAAAUAGGGUAUAUGAGGGAACCAAUGGACAAAUAAACCUAGAAGAUAACCUUGGUGAAGGGAAAACAAUUGAGAAUUGGUUAACCAAAAUGGGAGAAGAAGAUGCGAAAGUAGAUCAUGUAGCAGUGAUAGCCAUGGCCAUCUUAACACAGCGAAACAUCAUGCUUAUCACUAGCGCACCCGAUAGCACUCUGGCCGACCCAAACAAUCGAAUGACAAAAAUACCUGCCAUAACAGAAAAGUCCUUUGACAUAGCAGACUGCAUUCUCCUGGGCUACUACGGGAAAUCCCGCUUCGUCAGUCUCGAUCAAUUUGUUGAUCAAAUCGGAACCAAAGAAAUGUCUAAAAAAAUCAGACUGACAGAUAAACAUAGUGUGGAAGGAUACCAAAAGCUGUACGAGGACAGUGAAAAAAUAAAUGUUAAAGAAACACUAGCCAGCAGAGAGCCAAACAACACCGUGGCCAAACAACCAACAAAGAAAUUCGGUACUAUGAUAAGGAAAACACAGACGGGUUUGACUUCGGUGAUUCAACCUGGUAAGCCAUACUACAUAGACGACGAAAUGGAGGCCAAGUCAUUUCCGUUUCCCGUCUUCAGAUAUGAAGCAAAUGAAGGAGAGCUUACGGUGAAAUGGCAGUGGCACAACGACAAACGCCAUGUGGCCACUACUAUACAGGUCGCAGGAGUCGAGUUCAUUGACCGUGGUGGCGUCACUUGGUGUCCCAGCAAAAUCGUGCAUAAUGAAAAAGUUGUCAACUGCAAACAGUGUGUAUGGGUUCAUAAUAGGAUUGACAAAAAGGAGUCUCAAGUGAUCGAUUGCUUAAUACCGUGUGAGGAAUACAGGAUCUUUCUUGUGGACCAUUUCCGAACUACCAUGUACACGGACACUAUAGAAAGGACAACAUCUGAUAUGAUGUAUUACACGCCAGCGCCUGAUCCCCUAGAGCUCACAGUUAUCGACAGUUUCAUUAAUGAAGAGGUCAUGAUACAAUGGACGCUUAAAAAUAAGAGAUCUUUGGCAUACAUAGAUUCUGUGGAGCUCUGCAUUCAAAACGGAAUAACCAAGCAAACUUGUGUCCCCCCACAAAGGAAUGACACACUCCAAAAAUGCUUCGUUCUCAAAGAAAUUAAAGAGAACAUUAAAGUCAAUGUCAAAGUGAAGGCUGGUCAACUGUCAGACGAAGUGGAACUAGUCAUUAUGCAUUCUCCGAAGGCGAGGCGUCCUCAACUCGACCGAUAUGGAUACUGGACGGGACAUACAGAAAAGAAUUUUGAAUAUAGUAUCGGUAAUAUUUAUUAUGAAAAACUCCCAUGGAAGCGUGUGGCAUCGAAAGCAAAGAACAUGGAAACAGAUAUACGAAUUGCGGCUGUUAUACGAAUGCACAAAUUACGAUGUGGUGCAUUGGCUUGUCAGCUUGAAAGUCAACAACAGAUCACGGAGCAACCGUCGCCAUUGUCACCACAGCAACGAUCACAAUCGCCACCUCUAGAAGUGCAGGUCAAUUAUCAGCUUGAAAGUCAACGAAAGACAACGGUGCAACCAUCGCCGUCGUCACCACAGCAACGCUCACAACCGCCACCUCUAGAAGUGCAGGUCAAUUAUCAGCUUGAAAGUCAACGAAAGACAACGGUGCAACCAUCGCCGUCGUCACCACAGCAACGCUCACAACCGCCACCUCUAGAAGUGCAGACUGAACACGCCUACGAAUCUGAUGGUCGUCAUUCUGCUAUGCCUGGAGAACAUCACUUUCGUAUACCAUUGAGCUGCCGUAUUGAUGACAACAGUGUCCUCAUAGGCAAUGGUGAUGGGAAUAUGGUAGCAGAUCUUACCAAAGAAGAGAACAGAGAUCAAGAAAAGGAAAACUGUCAAAGAGAGAAGUUUAGGCAAAGGGAAGACGAAAGAAAGGAAGAGAAAAAUCUAAAGGAAGAGGAAAAGCUCAGAAAAGAGGACGAAACAAGGAUAAAAGAAAAAGAAAAGCGAAGGGAAAAAGAGGAAAAACAUAUAGAAGAGGAAGAAAAGCGAAUGGAAAGAGAGGAAAAACGAAUAGAAGAGGAGAAAAUUCGUAAGGAAGCGGAAAAAAAACGUAGAGAAGAGGAGGAAAAACGUAUAGAAAAGGAGGAAAAGCGAGAAAAGGCGUAA